AUGAACGUAGCUGACAUUCCGUCCCGAGGAUGUACCUUAGGAAAGCUAUUGCGUACGGAAUGGCUGUGCGGACCGGACUGGUUGAAGAGAUCUGCCGAAUAUUGGCCGAAAGACGAAUUUCUGCCUGACAUGGAAGUAGUGAACGCAGAAAAGAAGAAAGUUAUAAUCACAGCUACUAACUCCGAAGAUAAGGGAAAAUACUACUACAGAUAUUCUUCUUACGUUAAACUACUACGAAUCACCGCGUGGAUUUACAGAUUUGUAGAAAAUUGUAAAAAAUCCAAAAAAGAUAGACGAUUUGGUGUUCUUGACAGUAAAGGGCUUCAAAAGGCUGAACAAGUAAUUUUAAAGCAAAUUCAAUCAGAAGCUUUUGGAAGAAAUCCUGACGCAAGAUUAAGAUCGAUCAAUACAAUCGUAGGCGACGAUGCCUUGAUUCGAGUGAAAACGAAGAUAUUUUUUAGAGAUGAUGACAUGCAUUUUCGGCUUCCAGUUGUACUUCCCUCCGAACACCCGGUUGUCCUUAGUCUCAUUCGGUGGAAACAUAAAGAGUUAGGACAUUGUGGCGUACAACUGCUUAUGUCAGCGCUUCGAGAAAAGUACUGGAUUUUGAAGAGCCGGAAAACCAUUAAGAAGGCAAUCAAGUCCUGUAUUGUGUGUCGAAGAUUCAACUCUAAACCGCCCGAAGUUCAGGAAAGUGUUUUACCGGAAAAUCGUGUAAAAGAUGCAUCAGUUUUCGAAAUUCUAGGAAUAGAUCUAGCAGGACCCUUGAUCUUCAAAGAUAACUCAAAAGUUUGGAUUUUGAUUUUCACCUGUGCUGUUUUUAGAGCUGUUCAUGUUGAGAUGUUGACUUCAGUGUCUACAGAUAACUUUCUUUUGGGGUUGAGGAGAUUCAUCGCGAGAAGAGGCAGACCGUCAAUUAUUUAUUCCGAUAACGGAAAGAACUUCGUUGGCGCAAAAAACCAAUUAAGCAAGAUUGAUUGGAAAAAGAUUCAAGAUGAAACUACUGCUUCUUCUAUUGCUUGGAUUUUUAUCCCCCCUUCUGCUCCCUGGUGGGGAGGAUUUUGGGAAAGGUUAGUAGGAGUUUUGAAGAGAAUUUUAAGAAAAGUUUUGGGUCAAACAUCGUUGGAUUAUGAAGAGAUGUUAACAGUCCUCUGCGACUGUGAGAGUAUCAUAAAUUCGCGACCGUUGACUUACGUUAGUGAUGACGUUCAAGAUCUUACCCCGAUUACACCUUCUAUGUUUUUGCAAGAGAUUAGAGAAAUCGGUGUUCCAGACUUAGAUGUGCUGGAUCAUCAGAAAUUAAAUAAACGUCACGCGUAUACACAGAAAAUACGAAAAGAUCUCCGUUCGAGAUUUCGAGUGGAAUAUCUCGGACAGUUGCGACAACCUCUGACUAAUAGAAAUAAUUCUCCAGUUCUAAAAGUUGGUGACUUAGUUAUCGUGUGGACAGAUAACUGUAAAAGAAUUGACUGGCCACUCGGAAGAGUUCUAGAAGUGUUCACAAGUAAGGAUGGAUGUGUGCGAGUUGCUAAAGUCAAGACAAAAACGGGUGUCUUCAUUCGUCCUGUUAAAAAGUUGUGUUCUCUGGAGUUGGGAGCGGUGUCAUCUUGUGAGCUUCAAAAGUUAAAACCCCCUCCUGUGACUGUUCUUGAGGAUUUGUGUUGCACCACCACCACCAGUUCAUCAUCUAGCCUGACAGCAUUGAAGUUGAGUUCCGGAGUCCCGAGCCCUGAACUCAAGGUGGGGAGUGUGGAAAACGCCCAAGAACUGAGCUGA